AUGGCGGGACACCUGGCGUCCGACUUCGCCUUCUCGCCCCCGCCGGGCGGUGGGGGUGAUGGCCCAGGGGUGCCGGAGCCGGGCUGGGUUGACCCUCGGACCUGGCUCGGCUUCCAAGGCCCUCCCGGGGGGCCAGGAGCGGGGCCAGGGGCCGGGCCGGGCUCGGAGGUGUGGGGUGUCCCGCCGUGCCCCCAGCCGUACGAGUUCUGCGGAGGGCCGGCGUACUGUGGACCCCAGGUUGGAAUGGGCCUGGCGCCGCAGGGUGGCCUGGAGAGCCCCCAGCCCGAUGGCGAGGUGGGGACCGCCGUGGAGAGCGGCUCGGAGGGGGCCUCUCCCGAGCCCUGCGCCGCCCAGCCUGGUGUGAAGGCGGAGGAGAAGCUGGAGCCCAACUCCGAGGAGUCCCAGGACAUCAACGCCCUGCAGAAAGAACUGGAGCAGUUUGCCAAGCUGCUGAAGCAGAAGAGGAUCACCCUGGGGUACACUCAGGCCGAUGUGGGGCUCACCCUGGGCGCUAUCUUUGGGAAGGUGUUCAGCCAGACUACCAUCUGCCGCUUCGAGGCGCUGCAGCUCAGCUUCAAGAACAUGUGCAAGCUGCGGCCCCUGCUGCAGAGGUGGGUGGAGGAGGCCGACAACAACAACGAGACCCUGCAGGAGAGAUGCAAAACCGAGAGCCUGCUGCAGGCCCGGAAGAGAAAGCGGACGAGCAUCGAGAACCAAGUGAGGGGCAACCUGGAGAACAUGUUCCUGCAGUGCCCGAAACCCACGCUGCAGCAGAUCAGCCGCAUCGCGCAGCAGCUGGGGCUGGAGAAGGACGUGGUGCGAGUGUGGUUCUGUAACCGGCGCCAGAAGGGCAAGCGAUCGAGCAGCGACUAUUCUCAGCGAGAGGAGUAUGAGGCUGCGGGGUCUCCCUUUCCAGGGGGCCCUGUUUCCUUUCCUCUGGCCCCAGGGCCCCACUUUGGCACCCCGGGCUACGGAAGUCCCCACUUCACCACGCUGUACUCCUCCGUCCCUUUCCCAGAGGGGGAAGCCUUUCCCCCGGUGUCUGUCGCCGCCCUGGGCUCUCCCAUGCACUCAAACUGAGGCUGAGGCGGCACCAUCUCUCCCAGGGAUGGCGGGCGGAGUACAGGGAGGAGCCAGGGAAAGAGCUAGAGUCUAGCGGGGCUUUGGGGUUAAGUUCUUCACUCACUAAGGAAGCGAUUAGAAGCACAGAGGGUGGGGGCGGGGAGUUCAGGGGAACCGGUGGGAGGGAAGCCAAGGUGCGAUGAUGCUCUUGAUUUUAAUCCCCUCAUCACUGACUUAAAUAAAGAAGCCUGGGGC